UCAGUGCGUUGGGUACAGCGAUGACAGAUUUCGCACUAGAUAUUUUGAUUUUUUGUUUAGCUGAAAACAAAGGGAUUAUUCCAAUCGAUGGAAACACGCGCACGCGGAACUAAAAAUUAAUUACAAAUUGUGAUGAAGAAGUUAUUCCCAUCUUUAUUAUUAUGAACAAAAUUGAAGUGUCAUUUUGGAAAAUAUGAUCUGUCCCGAUCUCGUAAGAUUCAUCGGUCUUCUAGUGCUGGGGAAAUUGACGGUUUCCGAGGGGCUAUCUUGUUACCAGUGCAAUGCUGACUUGUCAAUGGGUCUCAAGGAGGAAUGUAAUGAUCCGUAUGCACCAGGACCUGCCAUCGAUCUCGUGGAAUGUCCUCAGAACGAGUCCCAUUACUGUCUCAAGGCUGCUAUUUACUAUAAAAAUGUCCACGCGACUGUGAGGGGUUGCGUGCCAUUGCGGUGGAAAAAUACGUACUGUUCACCUCGUGAUGAAUUUGCUGAGGCACGGGUCACGUGCAAAUUUUGCAAUGAGAAUGCCUGCAAUGCAUCCUGGAUACCGGUAAUGAAUGGAGAUUCAAUCACAUCAAUUUUUAUUGUUGUCGUGAUGAAUUUUGUCCUCGGAUAGAGGAAAUCCCCUUCAAAUCCAAAAAAAAA